AUGGCGUGCGUUAUCAAGGUGCCCUGCUCGUCCGCCAACAUUGGCCCCGGCUUCGACGUCAUCGGCCUCGCCCUCUCCGUUUACCUCGAGCUGCACGUCAAGCCCGAUCCCUCCGCCGAGCAGCUCAACUCGCUUGCCUGUCGCAUCACCUAUGAAGGCCAAGGCGAGGAGGAGGUCAGCCUCGACCCCGAUGUCAACCUCGUCACCCGCGUCGCCCUCUAUGUCCUCAAGUGCCACGGCCAGCGCAAGUUCCCCGGCACCCACGUACACAUCAAGAACCCAAUUCCCCUGGGUAGAGGCUUGGGAAGCAGCGGUGCCGCAGUGGUUUCUGGCGUGAAUCUCGCAAAUGAGGUUGGAAACCUGGGGCUGUCCAAGGCCCGGAUGCUGGACUACUGUCUCAUGAUCGAAAGACACCCUGACAACGUCGCCGCCGCUCUGUAUGGUGGUUUCGUCGGUACCUACCUGAACGAGCUGGACCCUGCCGAUAUGGCUCGCAAGGAGAUUCCGCUGGCUGAGGUGCUGCCCGAGCCCGCCGGUGGUGUCGAUACCGGCCUCCAGCCUCCGUACCCGCCACUCAACAUUGGUCAUUACAAGAAGUUCAAGUGGGCCAAGGAGAUCAAGUGCAUCACCAUCAUCCCUCAAUUUGAGGUCUCGACUGCCAAGGCAAGAGGUGUUCUGCCCAACCAGUACAGCCGUGCCGACAUGGUCUUCAACCUGCAGAGAAUAGCUCUCCUAACCACCGCGCUGGGCGAAUCUCCCCCCGAUCCUGACAUGAUUUAUGAGGGCAUGCAGGACAAGGUCCACCAGCCCUACCGCAAGACUCUGAUCCCUGGUCUUACUGAGAUCCUCCAAUCCGUCACUCCCAAGUCGCACCCCGGUCUGCUUGGUAUCUGCCUGUCUGGUGCUGGUCCUACCAUCCUUGCAUUGGCCACGCACAACUUUGAGGGCAUCGCCAACCACCUCAUCGAGGAAUUCAAGAAGGAGAACAUCACUUGCAUCUGGAAGCUCCUUGAGCCCGCAGAGGAUGGAACCACUGUCACCCGGGGAACGCCUGCCCCACAAGAGGCCAUGACCUAUGCUUCUGCUGGUGUGAGCAUCGAUGCCGGGAACGAGCUUGUCCAGCGCAUCAAGGCCUCGGUCAAGUCGACACGUAGGGCAGGUGCCGAUGCUGACAUCGGUGGUUUCGGCGGCACUUUCGACCUUGCUGCUGCUGGUUACAAGGAAGCACCCAUUCUUGUCGGAGCCAUUGAUGGCAUUGGCACCAAGGUCAAGAUUGCUUUCGAGAUGGGCAAGCACGACACCGUUGGUAUCGACCUCGUUGCUAUGAACGUCAACGACCUUGUGGUCCAGGGUGCCGAGCCGCUCAUGUUCCUCGACUACUACGCGUGCAGCAAGCUGGAUGUGGAUUCCGCCGCCGCCUUCGUCCACGGUGUUGCCGAGGGCUGCAAGCAGUCCAACUGCACCCUCGUCGGCGGCGAGACGGCCGAGAUGCCCGGCCUCUACUCGGCGGGCGAGUACGACGCCGGCGGUGCCGCCAUCGGCGCCCUGGCCCGCAACCAACCCAUCCUCCCCAACACGGCGUCCAUGGCCGAGGGCGACGUCCUCAUCGGCCUCGCCUCCAGCGGCCCGCACUCCAACGGCUUCUCGCUCAUCCGCAAGAUCGUCGACCGUGCCGGCCUCUCCUUCCACUCGCCCGCACCCUGGAGCGAGUCGGGCGAGCCCGUCGGCGUGGCGCUCCUCACGCCCACCCGCAUCUACGUCCGCCCGCUCCUGGCCGCGGCGCGGCAGGGCCUGCUCAAGGGCAUGGCGCACAUCACGGGCGGCGGCCUGCUCGAGAACAUCCCGCGCAUGCUGCCGCCGCACCUCCAGGCCGUCGUCGACGCCGCCACCUACCCCGUCCCGCCCGUCUUCCGCUGGCUGAAGCAGGCCGGCGGCGUCGAGGACCGGGAGUUCUCGCGGGCGUUCAACACCGGUCUCGGCAUGGUGUGCGUCGUCGACAAGAGCAAGGUGGCCGAGGCGACCAAGACGUUGGAGGCGGCUGGCGAGAAGGUGUUCGUGGUCGGCGAGCUGGUGAAGAGGGCCGAGGGUCAGGAGGGCUGCGAGGUUAGGAACAUGUCGGCUUGGAACUAA